UUGAUGGUACAACAAUAAGAGAUAACAAUGGAAGAUGCUCUUAGUUUCCUUUACCAUUUCACAUAUUUCACACUAACAUAGUUUUUAGUGCACCUAAAUUCUAUUAUCUGUCUUUAUCCAACUUUUCCUUUAUCCAUUUAAUUAAUCCAAAAAUAUUAACCCCCUUCUAUAUAUAAAUACUACAAGCAUGAAAAAAUAACAUAUACUUUUAAAUUUUUAUGUAUGAGAUAAAUGGAGAAUAGUGACACUAAAACAUGGAAGAACCAUUGCAUCAAUGUUUUCUCAAAAUCUGAACGUGAAGAUGAUGAGGAAGCUCUUAAGUGUGUUGCAAUGAAGAGAAUCCUUACAAAUGCAUGCUAUAGGAAAAGUGUAGAGACUGAAGAAGAAGGAAAAGAUGUUGAAAAAAAGGCUUUGUUAGAAAGACUUGUGAAAAUAGCAGAAGAAGAUAAUGAAAAGUUCUUGUUGAAACUCAAGGAAAGAAUGGACAGAGUGGGACUUGAGCUUCCAACAAUUGAAAUAAGAUUUAAGGAUAUAAAUGUUGAAGCACAAGUUUAUGUUGGAAGUAGAGCAUUGCCUUCAUUACUUAACUUCUUUGUGAAUGUCAUUGAGGGUUGUUUAAAUAAUCUUCAAAUAAUUCCAAGUCCAAAGAAACAGUUACAUAUACUUCAGAAUGUUAGUGGAAUCAUAAAGCCUAAAAGGAUGACAUUGCUUUUAGGGCCACCUGGUUCUGGAAAGACCACUUUGCUUUUGGCAUUGGCUGGAAGACUUGGCAAAGAUUUGAAGAAUUCUGGGAGAGUAACAUACAAUGGAGAAGGACUAGAAGAGUUUGUGCCACAAAGAACAUCAGCUUAUGUAAGUCAAUAUGAUAAUCACAUUGGAGAAAUGACUGUUAGAGAAACACUAGAUUUUUCAGCCAGAUGUCAAGGGGUUGGACAAAAUUACGAAAUGUUGACUGAACUAUUGAAAAGAGAGAAAGAAUCACAGGUUGAACCAGAUCCUGAUAUUUAUGCUUAUAUGAAGGAAGCAGCAACAGAAGGUCAGCAGAACAGUGUAGUCAUUGACUAUAUUCUUAAGAUUUUGGGACUUGAAGUUUGUGCUGACAUAAUGGUAGGAGACCAAAUGAUAAGAGGUAUCUCAGGAGGGGAGAAAAAGCGACUCACUACAGGUGAGAUGCUGGUUGGACCUAUAAAGGUGUUAUUCAUGGAUGAGAUAUCAAAUGGUUUGGACAGUUCAACAACUUUUCAGAUAAUCAACUCAAUCAAGCAGUCCAUACAUAUUCUAAAUGGAACUGCACUUGUUUCUCUGCUACAACCAGCACCAGAAACUUAUGACCUAUUUGAUGAUAUUAUACUUCUCACAGAUGGACAAAUUGUGUAUCAAGGACCAAGAGAAAAUGUACUUGAGUUUUUUGAAUCAAUCGGUUUCAAGUGUCCGGAAAGAAAAGGCGUCGCCGACUUCUUACAAGAAGUGACAUCAAGAAAAGACCAAUGGCAAUAUUGGGCGCGUAAAGAUGAACCUUAUAACUUUGUCACUGUCAAGGAUUUUGCUCGAGCCUUCGAAUUAUUUCACGUCGGUCAACAACUUGGAGAAGAGAUGGCCGAUCCGUUUAAUAAGUCGAAAUUUCAUUCAAAUGCCUUGAUCACAAAGAAAUAUGGUAUUAACAAGAAAGAGUUGUUAAGGGCUUGUGUUAGCAGAGAAUUGUUGCUUAUGAGGCGGAAUUCGUUUAUCUACAUAUUCAAAGCCACACAAGUGAGUAACAUUAUAUUCUAUGUCUCAAAAUCUUUUCGAGUAAUGGACCGCUGGUGCAAUUUUGUCAUAAUUAUCUUGGUAUUCUUAUCUCUACUUUUUAUUAUUAAGAAAUUCUUCUUUCAUCCUUAUCAGCUUACAUAUUUAGCAACCUUGACAACAAUGUUAUUUCUACGACCAACGAUGCAUCAUUCGACCUUCGAGGAUGCAGAAACAUACAUGGGAGCACUAUUCUUCACAGUGACAGUAGCAAUGUUCAAUGGAAUAUCAGAGCUAAAUAUGACAAUCAUGAAACUUCCUAUCUUUUACAAACAAAGAGAUCUUCUUUUCUAUCCUUCAUGGGCUUAUUCUCUUCCACCAUGGAUCCUCAAAAUACCAGUAACUCUCAUAGAAGUUGCCAUUUGGGAAUGCAUAUCUUACUACGGCAUUGGCUACGAUCGAGAUACUGGAAGGUUUUUUAAACAGUACUUGGUAAUCUUAUGUAUUAAUCAGAUGGCGUCUGCGCUAUUUCGGUUUAUGGCAGCAUUAGGAAGGGAUAUUGUAGUUGCAAACACAUUUGGAACAUUUUCAUUACUUGCAGUUACUGUUUUGGGAGGAUUUGUUAUUUCAAGAGAUGAUGUGAGCAAAUGGUUUCUGUGGGGUUAUUGGUCGUCGCCUUUGAUGUAUGGACAAAAUGCUAUAGCUGUGAAUGAAUUUCUUGGACAUAGUUGGAGAAACGUUACUAGUACUACUUCCAAUGAAACAUUGGGAGUAUAUAUACUGAAAUCUCGCGGAUUUUUUCCACAAGCUUAUUGGUAUUGGAUUGGAGUUGGAGCUUUGAUUGGUUAUGUUUUUCUAUUUAAUUUUUUCUUCGCCUUGGCGUUGCACUGUCUAAGUCCAUUCAGAAAGGAUCAAGCAGGCUUAUCCCAAGAGAAAUUGCUAGAGCGAAAUGCUUCCACGGCUGAAGAGUUCAUACAAUCACAAACACAAAAGAGCUCUUCUGAUACAAAGAUGGACGAAGCAGUUGUCGAAAACAAAGCUAGCAGUACUGGAAAAAAAGGGAUGGUUCUUCCUUUUCAACCUCUAUCCCUCACUUUUGAUGAUAUCAGAUAUUUUGUUGACAUGCCACAGGCAAUGAAAAGUCAAGGAGUUUGCGAGGAUCGGCUCGAACUUUUGAAGGGUGUUAGUGGUGCUUUUAGACCAGGAGUACUAACAGCUCUUAUGGGUGUAAGUGGUGCUGGAAAGACUACUCUAAUGGAUGUUUUAGCCGGAAGAAAAACUAGUGGAUAUAUUGAAGGAAGCAUCACAAUAUCUGGUUAUCCAAAGAAUCAAGAAACAUUUGCUCGCAUAUCGGGAUAUUGUGAACAAUCCGAUAUCCACUCACCUAAUGUUACAGUUUAUGAAUCUUUGCUAUAUUCUGCAUGGCUUCGUUUAUCGCCUGAAGUUGAUCGUAAAACUAGAAAGAUGUUCAUUGAAGAAGUUAUGGAGCUUGUAGAGCUUAACUCAUUAAGAGAUGCUCUUGUUGGAUUGCCAGGAGAGAAUGGACUUUCAACCGAGCAACGCAAAAGGCUUACAAUUGCAGUUGAACUUGUAGCAAAUCCAUCGAUAAUAUUCAUGGAUGAGCCAACUUCUGGCCUUGAUGCUAGAGCAGCUGCAAUCGUAAUGAGAACAGUAAGGAACACCGUGGACACAGGACGUACCGUGGUUUGCACCAUCCAUCAGCCAAGUAUAGAUAUAUUUGAUGCCUUCGAUGAGCUUCUACUUCUGAAAUCGGGAGGUGAGCAGAUAUUUGCCGGUCCAAUAGGCGACUACUGUUCCGAUCUGAUCCAGUACUUUGAGGCUAUUGAAGGAGUUUCUAAGAUCAAAGAGGGUUAUAAUCCUGCAACAUGGAUGUUGGAAGUUACAUCAGCAGCAAAAGAGGAAAAUUUUAAGGUCAACUUCACUGAUGUGUACAAAAACUCAGAAAUACACCGGAGAAAUAAACAAUUGAUCCAGGAGCUUAGUGUUUGUUCUCAAGGUUCCGAGGAUCUAUACUUUGAUGCUCAGUAUUCACAAACUUUUGUAGCACAAUGUAUAGCUUGUCUAUGGAAACAAAAUUUAUCAUAUUGGCGGAAUACGUCAUACACAGCAGUUAGACUCCUAUUUACUAUCAUGACAGGUGUAUUGUUUGGCCUGAUUUUUUGGAAUGUUGGCUCGAAAAGGAGAAAGGAGCAAGAUCUAUUCAAUGCAAUGGGAUCAAUGUAUGCCGCUGUUACCUUCAUAGGAGUUGUAAAUGGUGCCUCGGUGCAACCAAUAGUAGCAAUUGAGAGAACAGUUUUUUAUCGAGAAAGAGCUGCAGGAAUGUAUUCAGCUUUGCCAUAUGCUCUUGCACAGGUUAUUAUAGAGCUUCCUCAUAUCUUGGUUCAAGCUCUUGUAUAUGGUAUCAUAGUAUAUGUGAUGAUGGGAUUUGAGAGGACAAUAUCAAAACUUAUGUGGAAUCUCUUCUUCACAUACUUUAGUUUCUUAUACUAUACCUACUAUGGUAUGAUGACAAUGGCCAUAACUCCAAAUCCACAAGUUGCUGGCAUAUUGUCUACCUCAUUCUAUGCAAUUUGGUGCCUUUUCUCAGGCUUCAUCAUUCCCUUAUCUAGAAUACCAAUAUGGUGGAAGUGGUACUAUUGGAUAUGUCCUGUUGCAUGGACGUUGAAUGGAUUGGUGACUUCCCAAUAUGGAGACAUCAUGGAACCACUUGAGAAUGAUAAAAGUGUUAAAGAAUUUGUGAAGAGUUAUUUUGGAUUUGAACAGGAAAAUCUAGGAAUGGCUGCAAUUUUUGUGGCUGGUUUCUCAGUGUUGUUUGCACUUAUCUUCACCUUUGGCAUCAAAGCAUUCAAUUUCCAAAAAAGAUGAAAUAACUGCAAUGCUUAUGUUCUAAUGCUUUCAUGCAUCUAUAUGAAACAUGGUUCCCAUAGUGUAAAUGUAAGGAUACAUUUAAAACCAUACAUGAAUUUAAGAACUCCAAUUAGGCAUAAUCUAUUCAAGAAUCUUCUUAACCCCUUUAGAUAAAUAUAUUCUAAUGAUUUCGAUCAAGAAUACAAACUUCCCACUUAAUUCUAUCAAUGCAAAGCGCGCACUGUGAGUAGGAUUGCCGCCACAAACAUCACACCGGCCAGUGGCAAUUGUCAACCGUUUAACUCAUCACUGCCACUGUCAUCUUCGUUGUUGCCUCUGCUGUUAUUUUUGCUGUCUAUCAUCAUAGCCUCUGUUGUCACGAGCUAGAAAUAACCUUGUUGCCUUCACUUAUUAAUUAGUUGAUUAAUUUAAGUUUCUUUCUUUAAAAAAUUGUUGCAUUAGUGGAGAAAAGGUUUACAUCCUGUGACGAAGAAGAAGAGACUAGUCACAUAAAUGAAAAUUGUGAUGAUAAAUUAGAAGAGAGCGGUCACACAAAUGAAGAUGAAGAACCUAAGGUUGGGAUGAUAUUUAGUUCUAAAGAAGUUACCAAAUAUCACAAGAAUUACGCUCGAUGUAUGGGUUUUGAAGUUAGUAAAAUCAGUUCAAAAAAUGGAGCUGAUGGAAAAAGAUAUACUCUACUCUUAGAUGUAGUCGUGCAAGAAGCUAUGUGAGCAAUUCUAAAAGCCUUUUAAAGCCAAAUCCUAUUUGUAAUUUUCAUUUAUCUUAUUGAUGCUGCUUUGAUGCUGCUUAGCCUUCAUUUAUCU